CAACAAUCAAUAUCGUCUUCGCUUCGUGGCUACAGUGCCGGCGAGUUGGUAACUUGGGCGCUGCUUCGGCCGAUGCCGAUGUUGGAACUGUCAUGGCUGGGGCCAUUGCAAUGCAUGGGGACAAUUCACUGGGGAGUGAAAAGAAGAAUUAAAAGAAGAAGGGUUAUGAUCUUGGAAGAAGAAAUUACUUCCACAGGCUCCUGCUUCAACCCAGUCUUUCCUACGUAGCCCUCUUGUCCUUUCUCUCUUUCCUCCUUUCUUGCCUCUCUCUCUCGUCGCGGGCUUUUCCAUUCCUUAUCCUUGCCAUUAUGGACUGGCUGGUCUCGCGCCACACCAGCCCUUUGGGAGCCGUGGAAAGUCCGUUGGUCUUCACCACCAUUUUUGCGGUCAUCCUGUGGUCUGGCUGGUACCUCUGGCGAUUCUAUGUCGCCCCCACCCUCUAUCCAAAUGAACCACGCUUGCUGCCAUACUGGAUACCUUACCUCGGCCACACAUUCUCAUUUCUACGACGCGCGGAGGAUGUGUACCUCAGGGCAGAGAAAUACUUUGCCAACACCGACGAGCCCUACAGUGUUGUGCUGAUGGGCGGGGUCUCGGUCAUUAUCCGCAACAUCAAAGAUCUCUCCAUUGUCUGGAGAAACACCACCGCGCUGAGCUAUGACCCUUUCACCUCGCGCAUGCUCAUGGCCUUCGGCAUCACCCCGCGUCAUGUGCGGAAUCUCUAUGAGCCCGAUCCCGCGCGCCUGCUGAAUGACGAGAAGACCCGUGAACAGUCCUUGCUGUAUCGCGCCAACCCGAAGAAGCUCUCGUAUAUGCAUCUCCAGAGCCAAUGGUUCAAGACGCAGCUGCUGCCGGGGGAUCACCUGAAGGGUCUUCUCCAAGUCUACCCGGUGUACUUGUCUCGAUUCCUCCAGAUUCCCCAGCUGCGUCGGGGCAUGUCGUCAGAGACGCAGGGUGAUGAAACGAAGGCCUCUUCAGUUACGGUCCCAUUGGGGCGAUUCUGUCGCUAUGUCCUGGCGCAAAGCGCCUUUCGCACCUUUUUUGGCGAGGAACUGUUUGAGGUCGAACCGCAAUUUGCCCACAUCUACCAGCGUUGGGAGGAUGCUAGCUGGAAGGUCUUCUACAACAUUCCUCCGUUGCUCGCGCCAGGGUUGCAUUCGGACCGCAAAAGGACCAUCGCGGCCCUAGCGGUAUAUCUGGACCUACCGGAUAGCCAGAGAAAGAACACGGCCUGGAUCUUUGGGGCGAUGAACUCGGAAUUGACGAACUUGGGCCUACCUGCCUCUGAUCGCGCCGGCCUCAUCAUGAUGAUCUGUUGGGCAAUCAACAACAAUGCUCACUACAUUGCCUUCUGGAUGUUCGCGCAUAUCCUGUGUGAUGCGAACCUGAAGACAGCGGUGAUCAGCGAGAUCAACGCCUGCUUCCCUAAUCCCAGCGCCACAUCCGGAGGCAGCGCCAGCCCUCCGACGGAUGACUACCAGGGCUGCGACAUGGACAAGCUCGUGACGGGGUGCCCGCAGCUCAACGCUCUCUGGGCCGAAGCCCUCCGACUCUACAACUUUUCGACCGCGGUGCGCAAAGCCGUGGACGACUGCUCCGUCAACCACAAUGGCCAGACCUUCAACAUCCGCAAGGGCCAGCAGGUCUUUGGCCCCGUGCGCAACUUCCAUCGCACCGACGGCAGCAUCUUUGGCGACGCGACCACCGCGUUCGACCACACCCGCUUCCUCCGGGAUCCGAAAAUCCGCCAGGCCAAGGAGUACUUCCCCUUCGGCGGCGGGCACACCCUCUGUCCCGGCCGCCACUUCGCCGAGCGGGAGAUCUAUCUCCUGGUGGCCCUCACCUUGCGGCGGUUCGAGGUGACGGUCGUCGGGGACCACCCCACCGUGCCGCCGAUCAACUACGACAUGCCGGCAUUGGCCGCGGCGGCGCCCAAGGGGGAGCUAUUUGUGACGUUGCGGCGUUGAAGCAGUCAUCGAGCCAUUGGAG